UCUGUGUCUAGUCCCUUUACUGUUAAUUAAGGUGAUGUCUGAUACAAGUAAUGGGGAGUCUGGAACUGUUGACGAUGACCUCACAAAUCCGAAUAAACGGGAUAAUGAGAAGAAAAGACGGGAUCAAGAGAAUCUCUAUCUAGAGGAGCUAUCCCAGCUCAUCUCAGUAAAUCUACCAGAGAUAAGUGAUUCUGACGAUUCGUCUGGCACUGUUGAUCCAAGAACAGAGAAAGGAUCAAUUCUCAAAGAGACAGUGAAACGACUGCGUGAAAUACGAACAGAUCAGUUUGGUGUGAAUCAAGGUCCUGUUUCUGCGAACCAACCUAUUCUACCAAAAGAGAUAUUAGGAUCUCUUGUUCUUGAAGCUCUGGAUGGAUUUAUGUUUAUUGUCCGAAGUAACGGUCAGGUGGACUUUGUGAGCGAGAACGUGUCCGAGUUCCUGGGCUUCAGUCAGGAGAAUAUUACAGACCAGUCCAUUUACUCAUUCAUUCAUCUUGGGGACCAUGCCAGGUUCUCUGUGAACCUACAGACUGAGAGUUGGACGAGUUGGAAGAGGUUGAGUGGGGAGUGUGGUCCUAAAGAGAUAAAGAACCUGGACCGGAGUAAUUUAUUUAAUAUAAGAUUCAGACUGAAAUCAAUCAAAACAGAAUCAUCUAAAAACAAGCAUGAUACGUUUGAGAAUAUGCAGGUCACUGCUAUUGUUAUGUUAACCCCUGACAAGCUGAACAAGGACAAAAGUGCACUUCUCUGCAUUGCCCGUCGUCUUGCUUCAAAUGAGAGUUGUUCUGAAACUCCGGUGGAGUCCUUCACAACUCAGCUUGAGCUUGAGACCUGGAGCGUAAGCACAGUGGAUACUAGCGGACUCCCAGAGCAGUAUGUAGAGGUUAUUGGUCCUCACUUCAUUGGGAAACAGCUCACUGAUAUUGUCCAUCCUCAGGAUGCUCCCCUUCUGAAUGUCCAUCUCCAAAUGCUCCGCUGUGAGGGGUCCCAUGUAAGCCGAGUUUACCGUAUGCAGCUUCCUCCUCCGCACUACACUGUACAUGUUAAAUCCAAAUCUAAGAUAUUCAAAGGAGAAACCAGCACAAAGGGAUUUGUCAUGUCAACCCAUCAUAUUGUCCGGGAGAGUGACAUAAAGAAGGAUGAAUUGCCAGCAUUGAGAAUGGAUUUCCCUAGUUCGGUCGCUAGUCCUGAACCUCCAAGAAUUAACACGGCUAGUUAUGGAACCACACCUAAGCUCCCCCAGGCACCACCAGACCGUGAGAUCGUUAUUAAGAAGAUACCGCCCAUAGCCUAUGAGGAUGAGAGUGUUGGGAUUGAUCUGGCUUCAUUCCUUCGAGGUGAGACUGAAGUUUUUACACCUCUCCUAAACUCUGCUACACGACAGUUGCAGGAGAAUCAAAGAAACCCCUCCUCCAGCUCCAAACCAUCUCCUGCUCUGAUGAGAUCUAUCUCCUCUCCUACCUCUACCCAACAUGUGCCUACACCUAGUACAGGUUACCAAACUAUCUCACCCAGCUCAAUAUCUCAAGCUGUAUCUUCCUCAAACUCUUCCCGUCUCUCGUUUGGGACACUGGAGAGAAUACGACCAGGUCUACCACCAAUAAGUUUUGCAAACCUCUCAGUAAUUCCGUCUCCCUCUCCCCGCCCUGUCUACCUGCACAGUACGACCAGUAUGCGACCUAUUGCAACCCAACAGGGUUCUAGUCCGGGAGGGGAUACCAACCCCCAUCAGACUGCUGUGCUAAACCCCUUCAAAUCAGAUACUACAGGUCAACUGCCUUCCACGCUCUCCUACACCUCAAAUCAAGCAUCAUAUUCUACCAUCCAAUCAACUAAGGCAACUUUUCCCUCCAAUCCUCAAGGUUCAUAUUCUUCCAAGCCACCUUCCUCUGGCCAACUGGCCUCUGUAUCCUAUACCUCAAACCAGCCUACUAGUUUGUCAUUUUCUCAACCCCAGUCCUCAUCUUCCUUACUGACAAACAAUCCGUCAAUUAAACAAUUUCAAACCACAAGUUCCCCCACCUCAAAUCCCUACACUGCUUCUAAUGCUACUCCCAUGCGGCCAUAUGGGUCACCAAAUCCUCCCGUUCCUAGACCCUAUACCUCACCCAAUCCUCCCGCCCCCAGACCCUAUACCUCACCCAAUCCUCCCGCCCCCAGACCAUACAUCUCACCAAACUCUCCGAUGUCAGCAUCCUACCCAUCUUCUAUCUCCUCUGGAUCUGGGAAGAAUGAAAUUCUCACUAGUUUACUCUCUUCAAACAAUUCUAAUUUAAGAACUUCUCCUGGUCUCCAAGCUAGAAACCCUCUACCUCAGAAGUCUAAUCAGCUACUCAAGGAGCUCUUAACCUCAAAGGAAAACGUGUCAAGACCUAUCCCUAUUGAAAAUAUAUCUCUACGUCAACUACUAAACGGAAAGUCUGAUAAACCACAACAGUCAGAAUCUGAAUUAUUAAGAAGACUGAAUGAGCCUGCCAAGGAUCCUGGAUCUAAAUCUAAACUAACAGAACUAUCAAAACUCCUGGAAGCACGAUCUGCCUCGAAACGCCUCUCCGCCCUGGACGAGGGUCCACCUCAGAAAAUCCCCGCCCUGAACGAGGGACCCCCCAAAGGCUCCGCCUCCCUAGAAAGCCUACUUCGGAAGGAGCCCGCCCCAGGACAUAUUAGCGGUACUCCGCCGAAAUGGUCCGAAAUACCGAACAAAAGCUUACCGCGUGCGGAAGUUAUAAACCGGUUUCGAGAUUUACAAAAUAGGAAUAACAACUCUGGAAACGGCGGAGGUAAGCCAGGGGGAAAACCUGGCCCCCCUGGUGGUAUCCUAGCAGCUAAACUUCUUAGUCCUCUCAAUUCAGGAAAAGAAGUGAGUAUUGCGGACAGGGAGUCUCCUAGUACUCAGGAUAUCUCGGAAUUGUUUGAUGGGUUGAACUGGCCGGAACUGGAGAGGAUAAUGGGACCAGAUAUCCUCUCCUCCAUGGAUACUGAGCUAGUUGGGGACCAGCAGGAGGCGCACAUCAGCGCGAUUGAGUUGCAGCUAAGGCAGGAGAUUGAGCGAUCCAUUCAAAUCAACAACGCGGCAAACUCCCACCAGAACCAAGUCCGUGGAGUUCAUCAGCCUGUUAUUGCACAAAGAAGUUCAGUUGGGAAUCUAAACUCUGAUCAACUCCAGAUUCCUCUGCAGCAGCAAAAUCAACUAGGACAUCAGCAGCCUCUUCAGGGACAUCCUCAGCUACUUCAAGGACAGCCUGGAGGACGGCAGCAGCUGAGGACUCCACAUCAGAAAAUACUUGUUCAACGAUCAGGAGGAACAAGUAUGGAUGAAAUGAUGAAGGGAGUUCCACCUAAUGUUACAAUGCUACCGAGCCUAGAUAACACAGACAGUGGAUCCCACCCGGUCCGGCACCUAUCUGGUGACCCCAACUACGCCCGAGCGGGGUCACCUCUGUCUCCCUUCGGACGGAACUCCCCUGCAUUGUCCCGUGUGGGCCGGCACGCCAGUGGGGACGGUGUACAAGGAUACCAGGCGGCACAGAGGAAUGUGCGGCAUGCUAGCGGGGAUCAAUUACAGCAGACUGGAAAUUUAAACCAUCAAAUGAGACGCUUGAGUGGGGACUCUGUUUUCUCUGGUAGAAGACCUGAACCACCCCAAUCCUUCUCCUCUCAGCAACUAAACAGAAACAAUCUUCCUGUUGCGAGAAAAUCUUCUGUUGGUGCUUCUUCUACUAUUGGUUCUAACGCUAUGGGAACCAUUCGAACCAUUGGAUCCAGCUCUUUGGGAACCAUUGGCUCCUCACCCUUUGGAACCUCAAGUUCCAUAGGAUCCAGUACCAUGGUGACAAUUGGGUCAAGUUCUAUGAUGACAAUUGGAUCUAGCUCAAUGGGAACCAUAGAUUCCAGCUCCAUUGGAUCUAUUUCCAUGGGAACCAUUGGUUCUAGUAACCUGGGAACUAUCGGAACCACGAGUAUGGGAACAAUAGGUUCUUCUCAAUUUGGAACCUCAGUUUCCUCAGCUAUAGGAACAAUAGGUUCUACAACUAUUGGAACUGUAUCCGGAGGAUUUAGGAACUACGAGGUUCCCUCAGGUCGGAGUCUUAGCCAGGAGGACCUAGAGAGCUUUGGUCUCAGUAUAGAGGUCACAUCAGACGAGUUCUUCUUACCAGGAAAUAACUUCUCUGUUGCUGCUCCCUCCCCGGCCCCAAGUCCUGUGUACAGUAGUGGUGACCUGUUCAAUAAAACUGUACAAUCUGUAGAGUCUGUUCAGCAGUUCAAUCCAACCAGCUCAGCAAACUUCCUUCAGCCGGCUCAAUUCCAGUCAUUUACAGUUAACAGCUCGGCUAACCAGUUGAAUGGGCCUGGCAGCCAUCUGACCGGUUCCAGCAACCAGCUGACCGGUUCUGGUAACCAGCUGACCGGUUCCAGCAACCAGCUGUCCGGUCUUGGUAACCAGCUAACCGGUCCUAUCACCCAAUUGACCGGCUCAAUCAAGACUUCUUCAAACUUUCCCUCUGAACCAUUAACAAGGUUUGCAGGUCCUAGAUCUACGCUAGGCAAUAGUAGACUCCAGCUUGGCAGUUCAGCUCCAGUAGGACAGAAUAGUCCCAGACUUAUCUCCUCCCAGGGUUCAAGAUUCACUAGAGAUUCUAUUCCUGGCAAUCAGUUUUCCCCUCCCCCACAACCGGUGGGCGCAUCACCGACAUACGCCCGGACAUCUAGGGUAAUCAACCAAGGACAAGGACAAAUCAUUCAGACGACACAAGGGAACAUGAUUCAAACAAGCCAAGGUCAACUAAUUCAAGGUCAAAUCCUUCAAAACUCGCAAGGACAAUUUAUCCUACAACAGGACGGCGGACAAGGGAACAUUGUCCUGCAGCAAGGUCGAGGACAAAAUCAACUCAUUCUUCAACAAGGAGGAGGACAACAACAACAGUUGGUCUUACAAGGACGUGGACAGCAGCAGCAGCAGCAACAACUAUUCAUUAAUCCGGGAGGACGAACUCUUGGAACAGGACACGGGUUACCUUCUCCUGGUCCUGGACCACCAAGACAAAUUCUUCAGGGACCUGGUCCCUAGAGUUCCACUUUUCUAUAUGGACCAUGUUGGUCCUUUGAAACCUUUUUUAUUGGUCUUAUUCUUUGAGUGUGGAAGAGAGCUGAUAAACUACAUAAACUACAAAAUCUGCCGAUUUACCAUUGAAACAGCUGAUGCAGCUGAUUCAGCUGAUUUACCACCGAAACAGCUGAUAGUCCUAGCUCCUAACCAACGGCAGAAUGGGAUUUACAAUCUUGCCAACUUAAUAAGGUGGAAACUUAAACUGAUUAAAGGGACUGUUGUUGUAAUUUCAAGUGACCCUCCAUUUAAAAAAAAAAGAGUGGCAUGCCCGAUUCACAACAGUAAUCCUAAUCGAAUGAGAAUUUUCUUAUUCAAAAGUUUUCAUCUACGGGUUUAAGUUAGUUUGUAAAAUCCCAUUCUUUUUUAUUAAAAUUUUUUUUUCCAAAAUUGUGAUUUAAAAUGUUCCGGAUUGACGCUCUGCUUCCAGAGAAACUGAUAUUAUGAAUUAAUUAUGUAAAAUAUAAACUUGGUAUUCGA